GAUAAAAUACACCAACUGAAUUUGCCUCCAAUGAUCCUAAUCGUAUUCUGAGCCUGGAGACAGACAAACAGACACAAAGCGAGAUAGGAUGAGUGGAGCAACAAAGGUUGUUUGUGUAACAGGAGCCUCCGGUUACAUAGCAUCGUGGCUAGUUAAGCUCUUAUUGCAACGAGGUUAUACUAUCAAAGCUACUGUUCGUGACCCAAAUGAUCCAAAGAAAACAGAGCACUUGCUCUCACUGGAUGGAGCAAAAGAGAGGCUUCAUUUGUUCAAAGCAGAUUUGAUAGAAGAAGGAUCUUUUGACACUGUAGUCGAUGGAUGUGAAGGUGUUUUCCAUACAGCAUCCCCCGUACAAUUUUCGGCUACUGACCCACAGGCCGAAAUAGUUGACCCUGCAGUGAAUGGAACACUCAAUGUUCUCAAAUCAUGCGUGAAAUUUUCUACUGUCAAGAGAGUGGUUUUAACAUCUUCUAUGGCUUCAGUAAUGAUGAGUGGAAAACCUCUGACCUCUGAUGUGGUAAUUGAUGAAACAUGGUAUUCAGAUCAAGUUGUUUGUGAGAACCACAAGCAAUGGUAUAUGCUCUCAAAAACUUUAGCUGAGAAGGCUGCCUGGGAAUAUGCUAAAGGAAAUGGGAUUGACUUGGUUAUAAUGAAUCCAGGGUUUGUGAUUGGUCCACUCUUACAGCCAACUCUUAAUCUCUCUGUGGAGCUGUUUCAGAAUCUCAUAAGUGGCACCCAAACAAUACCUGUUUCAAAUUACAGAUUCAUUGAUGUUAGAGAUGUUGCCUCUGCUCAUAUUCAAGCAUUUGAACUUCCUUCAGCUGCUGGAAGAUUUUGUUUAGUUGGCCAUGUUGCAAGCGUUUCCAAGACUCUGAAGAUUUUACGACAACUUUAUCCCACUUUGCUUCCUGAAAAAUGUGAGGUAGGCACUCCUCCGGAGCCAACAUAUCAAGUGUCCGUGGAGAAAGCAAAAGGUUUAGGAAUCACUUUCCUUCCUUUGGAAGUAAGUCUUAGGGACACUGUUGAAAGCCUGAAGGAGAAAGGCUUCCUCAAGAUUUAAAUUAUGCACUUGAUAGCAAUUUGUUAUUUUGCUGCACAAGUUGAUCGAAUAUUGGCAAUUUGAACUUUGUUUUCUGCUGAAGUGCUCCAAAGAGAUGCUGAAAAUAAUAAUGUUCCUGUUAAGAUUUUCUUAAAUCAAGAUAGCGAAAGAGUUGACUAGACAGAUGCACACAGAAGCUGCUUUCAGAUUUUUAUAUAUUGCUCAAUCUUCCUGCAUGUAAAUCAUUUGUGAAGUUUCAAAAUGAAUAUGAAUAAAAAUAUAAGUUCAACUUGUUU